UACAUCUCUCCCGCAUGCACAAGUGUUCCACAGGGAUGGAAUAAAGGAACUAAAAAGGAUGUAGAGACAAAUCAGAUUAAAAACCUUGUCUUUCGUAAAGACAAAGAGACACAAGAGGACAGUGCCAGAGAUGAUAGGGACAAAUUUAAAUUUAAAAAACCAGUUUGACCCAAGGAAACCGCAGGAUAGGCAGCUGACGAAUGAGAGGGUAUCAUCCCUGAUCAAUGGCAUUAUUCAAAACAUUCCAUCAGUUUGUGUGCUUUACUCCAUAGUGCACACAAAAGAUGACGGUCUCCCUGAACUCCUCCCUCAGAAAGCUCUUAGUUUCAGGUCAUCUGAAGAAAUGAAAGGGAAACCUCUAGAGUACACAGCACCACUCUUUCUAAAAGAAUGUCAAAUGCCAGCAGAUCAAGUGAAAAGGGUGGAAAUUGAGACUCGUGGCCAGAGUACUAAUGACUUGUGGCACCACCAAAGGAUUGGCAGAGUAACUGCAUCAAACUUUCAUACAUACCACACAAAGGCACAAUCUAUUCUCAACAGAAAAGGUCAAAAUGUGAAAAAACCAGUGUACAGUUCACUUGCAUCAAGCCUGUUGAGCAAAAGUGAUGAUGUUUCCCACCUACCACAGAUAAAGUGGGGAACUGCCCAUGAAAAGGAUGCCAUAAAAGCUUUUAUGUCAGAUGUUGCUUCCCAACAUGAUGGUGGUCUACAGGGUUUCAAGCAAUGCGGACUGUUCAUCAAACCAGACUACCCGUACCUUGUUGCUUCACCAGACGGUUUGUUUUUGUGCAAGUGUUGCGGUCUUUCAAUUGUUGAGGCCAAGUGUCAUUACACUGUACGAAAUGAGAAUAUUCAUGUCAAGGACACAUUUGACCGACUCGACUUCCUUGAAGAUUUCCAUGGAAAACCCCGCUUCAAACGGUCCCACAAAUUUUAUACCCAGAUGCAAGCACAAAUGUGGGUUUGUGGUGUCUGUCAUGGCUUUUUCAUUGUUUGGACACAGGCUGGCCCCCCUUACUAUGAGCGAGUUGAACUUGACAUG